AUCACCCCCGUCCCGUCUUCUUUGACUCCAUCCAGGGCCCCUUAGUCACCCCAUUCUCUCCUCGGGCGCAAGUGGUUCUUUGUGGCCCUCCGCCUGCGAAGAACGAAUUUCGGCAUCUUCUAUCGUGGCCUCCGCGCAGGGCGGUAGCACCGUUGAGCCCCAUCCUGGUCUCCUCCCAAAUACGGUGGGCACUAUGACAAAAGCACACGCUACCAUCGAUGUAUCAAGUCGCAUCUCAAGCGAUACAGCUCGCAGUCAUCAGCAGGCCAUCUCUCGCCUUGGAUGCCGGCCCUCCUUCGUAUUACGGCGCUUGUUUCGACUUGCUCCCUUCAAGGUUUGAUCCUCCCCAAGCGGCGCUCCCCUCCCCCAUCGCGCGGUGCUGACUCACCGCACCUCCCUUCACGAGAGCGCCCCCUCGCCUCUCGCGCUUUGCAGCCCAAUGACUCUCCUCCCGUGCCUUGCUUCCUCCCCUCCGUGCUGCGCCCGCGCUGAAUCAGCCCCACGUGCCCUCCCGUCGGCUGCACCUGUUCGCCCGCCCCCGCCUCCCGCACUCUAGCGCCCCCGCCCGACGCCUCCGCCUGACAGACUUGCCGAUACCGUCGCAACGUCCG